CUACCUGCAUUCUCAAUGGAUGGAGACUACGUUAUUGGGGGUGUUUUCUCCAUACACAACUACAUGCACACAGUGAAGCAUAACUACACCACCAUGCCUGAGCCACUAAGGUGCACAGGGAGGAUCGACUCGCGUGAAUUGCGCUUCUCACGCGCAAUGGUGUUCGCUAUCCAGGAGAUCAACAACAGCAGUAAGCUGCUGCCGGGCAUCACUCUCGGUUAUCAGAUCCAUGAUUCGUGCGGCUCGGUGCCCAUGGCUGUGCGUGUGGCAUUCCAGCUUUCAAAUGGCCUCGAGCCAGUGUUUUACACCGGAAACAACUGUUCGCAAUCUGGUAUGGUGAUGGGUAUCGUUGGGGAGUCUGGGUCCACGCCAUCCAUCAGCAUGUCGCGCGUCAUCGGCUCCUUUAACAUUCCUCAAGUGAGUCAUUUCGCCACUUGUGCAUGCUUAUCCAAUAAGGAGCAGUAUCCGAGUUUCUUCAGAACAAUCCCCAGUGACCAGUUCCAGGCUGAUGCGCUGGCCAAACUGGUCAAACACUUCGGCUGGACUUGGAUUGGUGCUGUCCGCUCGGAUUCGGACUAUGGCAAUAAUGGCAUGGCGUCUUUCCUGGAUGCAGCGCAAAAAGAGGGGAUCUGUGUGGAAUACUCAGAAUCUUUCUAUCGGACCCACCCACGUAGCAAGAUCCAGAGAGUGGCUGAUGUUAUCCGCAGGUCAACAGCUAUGGUUGUUGUGGCAUUUGCAGCCUCUGGAGACAUGAAGAUCUUGUUGGAGGAGCUGUCAAGGGAACCUUCCCCACCUCGCCAGUGGAUAGGCACUGAGUCAUGGGUAACAAACCCAGACAUGCUGAGGUUCACCUUCUGUGCUGGAGCCAUCGGAUUUAGUAUUCAGCAAUCAGUCAUCCCAGGUCUGAGAGACUUCCUGCUGGAUCUGCCCGACACUAAAGUGGCUGCAUCCCCGGUGCUGACUGAGUUUUGGGAGGAUGCAUUCAACUGCAGGCUGGGCAAAAGUGAGAAAGUUGUGUUGAUUUUUGACAUAGGUGCAGCCACAGAGGAGAGUGUGUGUGAUGGAACUGAAGACAUACAAACACUCAAGAGCCCAUACACUGACACAUCUCAGCUCCGAAUCACUAACAUGGUGUACAAGGCUGUUUAUGCAAUAGCACAUGCCAUUCAUAAUUCAGCAUGCCAGAAAACAAACUCUACAACUCAGUGUGACAAACACACCAGAGUAGAGUCCAAACAGGUUCUGACUCAGCUGAAGAAAGUAAAUUUUUCCCAAAAUGGUUAUGAUGUGUCAUUUGAUGCCAACGGGGAUCCUGUGGCCACAUAUGAACUGGUCAACUGGCAAAAAAGUAAGAUUGGCAGCAUUGAGUUUGUGACAGUAGGGCACUACGAUGCAUCACUGCCAGUGGGCCAGGAAUUCCGUAUCAACAGAAACCUCACCUGGGUGGAGGGUAGCACACAAGUGCCUGUGUCAGUGUGUACUGACAGCUGUCCUCCAGGAACCCGAAAAGUGCUGCAGAAAGGAAAACCCAUCUGCUGUUAUGAUUGUAUACCAUGUCCUGAGGGAGAGAUUAGCAAUGCCACAGAUUCCCCUGAUUGUUUCCCUUGCCCCAAAGAGUUCUGGCCUAAUGCAGAGAGAAACAAAUGUUUCCCCAAGCCUGUAGAGUUUCUUUCCUUCGAUGAGGUCCUGGGAAUCAUCCUGGCUGCUUUCUCAGUUGGUGGUGCCUGUCUCGCCAUGAUAACAGCGGCUGUGUUCUUUCGUCACAGGAUGUCCCCGAUUGUCAGGGCCAACAACUCUGAGCUGAGUUUCCUGCUGCUCUUCUCAUUGACUCUAUGUUUCUUAUGUUCAUUAACUUUCAUGGGAGCACCCUCUGAGUGGUCCUGCAUGCUGCGCCACACAGCGUUUGGCAUCACCUUCGUCCUCUGCAUCUCUUGUGUUCUUGGGAAAACUAUAGUGGUGUUAAUGGCCUUCAAAGCCACACUUCCUGGUAAUAAUGUCAUGAAAUGGUUUGGUCCUCCACAGCAAAGAAUGACCGUAGUGUCCUUCACUUUUAUACAAGUUUUAAUAUGCACUAUUUGGUUGCUUCUUAGUCCCCCUUUUCCAAUGGAAAACUUAACGGUAUACAAAGAGAAAAUCAUCCUGGAGUGUGCAUUAGGCUCAGCUAUUGGGUUCUGGGCUGUACUCGGGUACAUAGGCCUACUGGCUGUCUUUUGCUUCGUGUUAGCUGUCCUAGCUCGGAAACUACCUGAUAAUUUUAAUGAAGCCAAGUUCAUCACCUUCAGCAUGUUGAUAUUCUGUGCAGUCUGGAUCACCUUUAUCCCAGCAUAUGUCAGCUCUCCUGGGAAAUUUACUGUGGCUGUGGAAAUUUUCGCCAUUCUGGCUUCAAGUUUUGGACUAAUUUUGUGCAUAUUUGCUCCCAAGUGUUUCAUCAUAUUGUUUCAACCAGAGAAGAACACCAAGAAACAUUUAAUGAACAAAAAUUAG